CUGUCAAAGAACUACGUCGAUCAGUGGAUAGCCAGGACAGUCCAACACCUGAACAUGAAGACAAAGGCAAGAGUGAUCAGCCUAGGUCACGUACUGAUUCUAUGGAAGAACUUAGAUCUAGAGAUGCUGGUGAUACUUUUAACAGUAAAACAUCACGACCAAAAAGUCACCCAGAGUUGGACUGGCAUUUUGAGGAAGAAAUAACAAGUCUUAAAGUGCAGCCUAAAGCAAAAACAAAGAAAGCCAGUCAGAUAGCAAAAGAAUUAUCUGAUCUAGUUGUCUACACUCAUGCUGUAAAGUUCAGAGGUCUGAACAUGAGCCCAAAUACAUCUCUGAAACAAAAGAAGGUCCCCUCCAGAAGAAGCAUUCUUACAGCCAGUAUGGGUACCAGCCCUAGUACUCCAACUCUUCUCUGUAUUGACAUGUUGCCAGAUAAACCAGAUGCAAGUCUACAGGUGCUGACCCCUAGAAUUAAACGGUGUGAUGUUCCUUCCUGCUACCUGGUAUCAUCGCUCAAUGAGAACAAGGCAAAGCAGCUCUGUCGACGAAGUCCAUUAGCAACAGUUCUCACCCAUACUGAACGCCAGUUGAUGAGAACCUAUCCAGCAGGAAUGAGAAUAGAUUCCUCCAAUUUCAAUCCAGUCAUUUUUUGGGCAUUUGGAAUCCAGAUGGUGGCCCUGAACUACCAAACAGAAGAUGUGGCGAUGUCACUCAAUACAGCCAUGUUUGAACAGAAUGCACGAAGUGGUUAUGUUCUCAAACCAUCUGUAAUGUGGGAUAAAACUCACGUCAUGUUCAACCGGUUCAACCCAUGGGACAAAGAGUUUGAUGGAUUGCAUACUACUAUUCUGACCUUGCAGGUGAUAUCUGGCCAGUAUGUGUGUCAGAACUACUCAACAAAUGUGCAGGUGGAAGUCGAAGUCAUUGGCAUCCCAGUGGAUUGUGCAAAACAAAAGACAAAAGUGGUUCCUAAGAAUGCACUGAAUCCUAUCUGGAAUGACAUCUUUACAUUCCAAAUUUUGUUCGCAGACCUUGCAUUUAUCCGUUUUGUAGUGAUUGAUGCAAGCACUAGUCAUAUGGUCACACAACGUGUCAUACCUUUGAAGUGUCUUCGGCCAGGUUACCGACAUGUACGGUUGAGAAACAGCUCUGGUCAACCUCAAGAAUUGUCCACCUUGUUUGUGUAUAGCAAGCAUGAAGAAGAGCUACUGGAGACACGCAAUGGUUCUGAUGUAGGUCUGUCAGUCACCUCCACAAAGCGAAUGUCCAUCUUCUCUAAAGUGAAAGAGCUCUCUGAAACAAGCAAGCAAGACUCUAAAGAUGUCUUGAUCUCUGCGGGUACAAAACUGAAACGACGCAUGUUCUUUAUCAGUGUUUUUGGAGUUACUGCUCCUGACGAGUAUAUAAUACUGAAGGUUACACAAGAUUCAACAGUUGCUGAUACAAUAGCUCAAGCUCUAACUAAAGUGGGUCGGCUGGAUGAUAAAGUUGCGGAUUAUGUCCUAGUAGAAGAUGUUCAAAGUGGCUGGGAAAAAAAGGAUCAAGAGAAAGCUAGCUGUCAGAGAAUUCUUGAUGUUGGGGAGAAAGUUCUCGCUGCGCAGAACAAGUGGAAGGGAGCCGGAAAGUUUAUCCUUCGCAGACUCAGUGAUGAUCCCAGUAGUCGAGCAUGGAUGACCACAAUGAUGAAGGAACAGAAGAGACAAAUACUGGAAGAGACAAGCCCAACAGAUUGGGAAGGAGAAGAACACAUGUUUCUUGUUUGUGUCUUCAACGUUUCCCCAGAUCAACCAUAUACAAUUUUCAAGGCACCAGUAUCCAGCACAGCCCAGGACAUCAUAACUCAGGCUAUGAAGAAAGCUCAUCGUGCUAACACAGAAGAUCCCAGAGAUUUUGUUUUGUUAGAGGAAAUCAUGAGCCAGAAUGAAUCUCAGCAACGCACAUCAAAAAGUGCUGCCCUAGACAAGGGAGACAAUUCUCGGUUGCUUGCAGAUGAUGAAAAUGUUUACCAGGCUCAGAAUGACUGGAAAACAGCCGGAAGAUUUGUUCUCAUGAGCAAAGCUGAAGUCAGCUUAGAGGAGGAGGAAAAGAAACGUUUCUUGAAAGGAUCAGUUUCCAAAGGCAGCAACUUUUCAAAAAGGUUUGGAUCCAAGAGGCUUUCUCGACAUACAAAUCAAGGGGAGAAACUCCUAUCUUAUCCUCAGCCAGAAACCUUUCAUCGAUCCAUCAGUUUUCCAUCUCAGGUCAACAAUACAGCACUCGUGGCCAAAGCCACAGCUCCUUCACCAACUCUCUCUCCAACACCACCAGAGAGAGCGGGACCUUUCAAAAUCUCAAAUAAAAUUUCAAAACUAAGCUUCAAGCUCAACAAAUGA